CACACGUGCCCACGCAGCAAUGGCAUGAGCCCAAGUUCAACAACCACGAACAGCAGCACAGGCACCACCCUCUGCUACCGGUAGCCACAUGUACAGUGGCGGGUAGCAAUACAUGCAGUUACCACUGCACAAGGAGGAGCUUAAGGACGUGUCGGUUUCAUCUCUGAACAGCAUACGCACAUAUGCAGGAUGAAACGGGUCUACCACUUCGUGCUUCCCUUCUUGCUGCUGCUCCUCAAGCAAUCCUCAGGAUUUCAAGCCGUUCAUCUUCUACCGGUACCAACCACCGGUGCUUCCUCUCAGUGUCUUUUUUCCACACAAACCAAUGCUGUCGAAGAAACCAGAGAUGGUGAUAGCCUACGGAUACGACCUUUCAACUCCACAACAGAUUUAGAACCUCUGAAAAUAAUCUGUCAAUCAGUCUUUCGCGGGACAGAUUAUCUUCCAGCAGAGGCACGCCUCUACGAAGAAGAUCCUGCCUGCGACUUUCAGGUUCUGGUAGUGGAAAGCAGCCAAGAAACACUACUAGUACUGUUGGCCGUGGCCAAUUUGCGAUCCCUUUCACCACAAAUUGGUUGGUUGGAAGCAGUACGGACCAAUCAAGAGCAUCGAAAUCAGGGAUAUGCCACUCGAUUGAUAUCCACCAUGUUGUUGGAGCAGAAGGAUCGACGACCACAACUAAAGCAGCGCUACAAAAAAAUCAUGGCUUGCACCAUUCGGAGUAAUACUGCCAUGCAGCGAGUAUUCGAACGAGUGGGAAUGCAACAAUCUGCAGUGAUACGCAUGUCCGAUUUCAGAACCAUUGCCAAGCUUCCUGGAUACCGCAUCAAGGAAGCAGGCGUGCCCUGUCAACACUUGUUGGAUGCUUUGGGCAUGACACCGCAGAUCCCCAAGGAGGCAAAACAACAAUGCUGGGAGCCCAUACUAGACACAGCAUCGCUCCAACAGCAGUUGGAACAAGUGUCACUGAAUAACUCUGGAGUGAUGCCUGGAGUUUGGAAAGUGAUGAGUCCAGAGACUCCACUCUUACAAGAGAGCUUGCAAUUUGGGUUGGUGUAUUCCUUACGGCGUCCAGGGAGUCAUAGCAAUGCAGAUACCACCACCAGCGAAGCCAUCAUGGCCUUGGUUCGAGACAAACCAAUGCCAAGUCUCAAGUCAUCUUGGGUUCUGUGCUUGGCGGGGGCAAACGAGACACAUCUGUAUGCUGCACUCUGGCACGCUUGCUUCUCCAAAAGGAUUCAAGAAACAUUGCUUCAACACAACACGUUGACCGCCAACGUCUCGGAGGAGAAGGGUGGUGGCGACGAGGAGAGCGCGGUCGGGUUUAUGGUGGCCAUAGACGGCAGAAUAAUAUCACUCAAGACAGGCGUUUUGGAGGCCAAAUUUCCAUUGCUCGAGGAGGCAACCAUGGUGUACUCAACACCAGUCUCAUGACAGUACCGUACGCACCAAUGGUCAGAUUUAAAGGCAGCCACUUUGCAGCUCUUAAAAAGGCCAGAGAUGCAUCCAGUCAUUAUGGAGCGGUACUAACAACAAGUUACAGAGUCAACCUGGAAAGGACAGGCCAGAAAGGUAGCCACAGUAAGCCACCGCAGUUUUUGCAUGACUGUUGGACGGUCAGGUACCUACUAAAGUGGUUAGGCGCCUCAAGCGCAAGCAUGCUGGCAGAGCUAUCAGACGGCUGGAAGGUGUCAGCAAGGAAUCGAAAUUUCAAAGGAAGAACUGAGCUUCGGUAGCCAAAGCAGCAGCCAGAUCCCUUUGACAACUAUUGUACGAUUACUCUCCUACUAGCUAGCUAGCUAGUACUAUUCUCUAGAGGAGCAGUACUACGUGUGCCACCUUUGCCUGGUCAGCUGAAGCUUCAUGCCAAGUACAUGUGCCAAGUACGGUGCGUAGCUACAUGGGGUAGGAUGCUUGGCAAUUACGUGCAGGUGGCAUACAUGUACUAUCCUGAGGCUUGAUGCUCCUAUUAUCACCAAGUUGACAGUAACUGUUCACAGUUGCGAACCGCACCUGUUCACAGAUUUCUUUUCGCUAGCUAGUGGCACCCUACUAAAUCGGGUACGAUAUGGUCUUACUCCCUUGUUCCUUGGGAAAAUGCAUCUUGUACCAGGUGGCCAGCUGUACGCUGCACACCCGCAACAUCCUUG